CUGCGAGGUAAAUAGAGCUCGCGAUGUCAGGUCCAGAAAAGCUCCAUCCUGCGUUUCGUGGGCUGGUGGAAAACCUUCUCUGUGGCAGCAGCAGAUUUAUUCAAGGCGGAGAAAUUGAAAUUUGCGAUUACAAUACGGGAGACAUCGAAAACCAGUCGGAGCGGAGUGAAUGCGACAGAUUCUGCUUGAAAAUUCCAUAUUGUGGAUCAAUAUUGAAAUGGCACGUUUUAUUUGAUAUUAAACAUUCCAAACUUCCUCCAGACAUUAUUUUAGACUCGAGUGAUUCAAGUUUUUGUCCUGUUUUAUCAGACAUUCCGUCGUUAGCCGAAUGGGAUCCGAGUCUCGAGGAUGGCCUUCGGCUGGCCAUCUAUCAACUGUUGAAACAUUUCAGAGACCAUCAGUUGCACAUAGCAGAGCAGAUCGAUCACAUCAAGUUCAACACGGAGUUUCUUGAUAAGAGCGCUAACUAUAGUCAAUUCGAUGUACUUGUAAGGAGACGAGAAGGCAGCGAGGACAAUUUGAGAAUAAAAGUAUACAUUCAGCUUCCUGUAGCUUUCUCAUCUCUUCCUGCUUAUCUAGCUCCCGUUUCACUAGGAGACGAUCAAGCUGUACUCGCAGUGACAUUUCACGGCAGUGACGCUGCUUAUGUUAUUGCCAAACUGAAGCUUUCUCCUCGUCUUGAGAGGGCACUGAGUGGGGUCACAAGCCUUAGAAUACCACGGUGGGGAGACGAGUAUGGUUCAUGUCUGAUGGACUACGUACCAGAAGUCUGUAAACGAUUAGAAGACAAGUUCAAGGAAGUCAGCGAUGCCUACGACAAACGGAAGAAGUUAGUGUCCGUUUUUCUGUCUCAUUUUGGGAGUUCACUGAUUGAAUACGAUGCUGAAGGUUUUACCCAAAUGACUUUCAUAUUGAGUUACCAAGGCUUUCAGUGUCUAGUUCACGUCAACGUUCCGAUUUCGUUUCCUCGAGAUCCGCCUGUGUUCAUGUUGCAGUCGCUAUAUCACGAACGCAACAACCAGCCAUACCACGUGAUGCUGUCGCAUCAUUCGUGGUACGACUCAUGGAUGUCUGCCGAAGACAUAGUGGAAAAAACAAAGGUUACGUUGGCAGAGCAAUUACCGUCGUUUAGAGCUUCGUCAUUGAGUGACGGGACGUUCUAGCUGUGAGUAUAUAUUAGCGUUUUAUGAAUUAAAGACGCAACUUUGAAAGUUGUGGAAAUACGGUUUGUACUUAGUC